CGCGAAAUCAAGGAAGGAGGUAGUGCUGGUCGACACGGCAAGUUGAUGUCUAGUCCAACUAGUACAUUAAUGAAGUCCCCGGCAGGAUGUGCAGGGGCAUUUUCGACUAUUCUUCCUUUUCAGCUCUCGUCUUCAGCAGCAAAUGUUGGUCUAAUUUCUGACGCAUCAGAUAAAAAUACAUCCAGCAAGCUUCUGGGUGUUCCGUCAUCAUCUUCUCCUUGGCAACUGGGUGAUGCAGGCCAAAAUCGUCUUCUGCUUUCUCCCAAUAGCUUCAUCGCUAAGUCAGCGGACGAACUUCUACAGCAUGCCGUAGACGACAAUGUACCGGAGUCGGUGAUGCGGGCACUGGGGUGGAAACCAAUUCCUAACCCGUUUCAACACAAGACGACGAAGGAACAUUUUGACCGGCAGUUGGCUGAGGAGAUGCGGCAUUUUGAAGAGCUUGCGAGAAAAACCGUAGCGGAGAAAAAACGACGCGAGAAUGCGCUCUACACAGAUCAAUGGAAAGUUGGGAAGAACGCGAACUUUUCUACUCCGCCAGAUAAGAGAACACGCAAAGUUGGCGAAGAGACGCCUCAGACGGGCACAACUGCCACAGAUACUCCUGACGAAAAAGCGCCUUCGUCGAGUUCCCCACAUCAUUCAUCUCCGAAACUGACACCACAAGCCAUAAAGGCCAAGUUCGAUGCCGUUGACGAAGAGGAGGAACAAGAUAACGCUGCCGAUUUUGAUGAUGUGCAGACGCUUGUCGAAGCCGGGGGAGCACCAGCACCGCGUCAAACUGUCCUCGCGGCAAAUCUAGAGUACUAUUCACUUUUUUUGCAUCUCGUUGAAAUCAGGCACACCUACCUCCAUAAUGAGUAGUCCGACUCACACACAACACAACACAACACAACACAACACAACACAACACAACACAACACAACACAACACAACACAACACAACACAACACAACACAACACAACACAACACAACACAACACAACACAACACAACACAACACAACACAACACAACACAACACAACACAACACAACGCACAUGUUGACUGCGAUCGACAGCGUUGCUAAUGUUAGUUUCACAUUUGAUGAUGAUUAUUAGCUCGUUUAAAUCUUAAAUAUGCUCAAUUCCUUUGAACAACAGCACGAUACAAGAGCUUGACGAGGAUGAAGAAGAGGGAGUAGAAGUGGAAAGCUCGUUCUUCGGACCCUCAUGGUGGCAGCCUGCCGAAGCAGACCCCCGCAUUGAGCGCUCGCGGUACUCGCGGAAGCAGACCGUGUUUCUGAAGCCCUAUGACUUAGAAAACUCUCGUCUCCUGCAACGAAAAAUGCGGCGCGACGAACGGACCAAGAAGAAAAAGGCUGCGGCAAAAAAAACCGAGAAAGCUCACCCGUCGUGGUUGGGUGGUCUUCUCGGUUUUGAGUCGAUUCCAGAAGACGAGGAAGUUCAAUAUGAUGAGACCGGCCCGGAUUCGCAAGGAGGGACGAGGCCAAGCAUUAACGAGGAAGAGCCUGUUAUUGCCACCGAGGGAACCACUGCAGGAGAUGAAACUGGUGGUGGAUUUGUUGUUCGUAAGAGUCGAUUGUUGGGUAACGCGGGGACUUUCGCGGCUGAUCUUGACGAUUCAUCGGCGAACGACCCGAGCGCGAACUUGAUCAGCAAAAAUGCUGCAGGCGCCGCACGGCCACGGGGAGACUCCCUCGCCUCCUCUGUCGCGGUGCGUCAUCGACCAUUUGAGGCGCAGUCGGUCCGAAGUUUUCGACCAUCGCGUGGCCUGGGCAGAACCAAUACCCGAUCGAGUCUCUUUUCCGAUGGACUCACUCUUCCUUCGGGUUCAGACGACGAAGACGAUGACAUAGAAAGCGUCUAUACCAUGGCGAACUAAAUCAAGACGACUUCGUCAACUUUUAGAAGUUUGUAGACACGAAAAGGACCUUGCUUCACGUACUAAUCGACAUAAAAAGACGAUCCCUUUCCCUAGCCCCAAAGCCCGCUGCUGGAUGUUCUAGGUUAAUAUAGCAGGGGCUUCUAAAAUUCGGACUCGUAGGAGUCUUGACCAAUGCGCUGCUAGUGUAGACAACAUACAAACUUGCGUGCGCCAGUGCGAGGAGGCACAAGCAACUUUUCAAGUGUAACUGCCACGCCGCCUCCCUUCCAAUUACUAUUUUUACCUCUAAUAAGACUUUUUUCUCUUUGCGCCUUACCAGAAGAU